AUGCGCGGCGAGCUCGAGCUGGGGGUGUUGCUGAUACUGGGUGUGUGGCUGUUGCUUGGCGGAGUACUGGCGUUCCGUGUCAAUGAUUGGACUUUGAAGCUCGAGAUCCGGAAACUCAGGCUGGGCGUGAGCGAGGACCGGAUACGCGCGAGACGACGACGACGGCGUGGGAGGGAACUUGAACGUAUGGAGCGGAGUGACGGUGAGGGUGCUGGUGAGGGUGUUGGUGAGGAGUCUGAAGAGGAUGAGGAGACGGGGGCGUUGUGCUCUGCGGACGAUGACGCGGCGGAGGACGUCGAUGUCGAUGCGUGGUGCGAAUGCGAGUGGUGCGCGAACGAGCUGAACUUCAAGGAAGGGCCUGAGAACGUCGGCGAGGGGAGCAUCGUGUGUUCACUCUUACGGGUUUACAUACUUGGCUGGGAGCGUAUGAUGAGGCUGUUGGUUGCGGUCGUUCGUAUGGCCGUAUGGGGCUUUGAUUGGGGAUUGGGUAUUGUGAUUAGGGAAUGGAAUGGGAUUAGGCAAGGCAAGGCAAGGCAAGGCGGUGUGCUGGGAGACGGGGUCGGCGCGCGCGCGCGAUGGUUGGACACAUACGAUUGGGUUUCAGAAGCGCGUUGGGCGUUGGGAGAGGAUAUUUCAAGAUUUGAAGGUUUGGAUGAGGAUUGUUACAAAGUGCAACUGCGAUGCUACUGCCACUUUGUUUUGCUCACAUUCGCACAUUCGCACAUCCACGGCGAAGACACACUCUCGUUCUCAUUCUCAUUCUCAUUCUCGUUCUCAUUCUUGCUCACACUGGCUGACCCAAACCAAUCACACCACAGUAUUCCGCCCACCAACGCCCGCUCAUACUCGUCGGACUCGGUCAUCACACUCUACAGCAAGCAAGCUGUGCCCGCCCCACACCUCACACACCACAUGCUGAUAUCGAUGUUAGCGCUGUCCAACCGCACGCCGCUCAUCAGCUGUACUGUAUCAUAG